GGACGGCCCUGGGGCGGGGCUCCCGGCUCAGGCGACGUGGCCAGAGGCGGCCGGCCGCCGAGAGGCCGCUGGCGUGGGCUGGGGGCCGGCCUUCCCUGCGGGGGGCUGGCGUCGGGCCGGAAUGGCGAGGCUGGCUUUGGCCACCCCGGCCCCGAGGCAUCCCCGGAAUGCGGCGGCUCAGCACCCACCCCCUCGGGAAUUUCCUACGGGAGCGACUGGGAGGGAACUGGUCCCCAAGUCCGGACGGCCGGGCCUCUGUUUUUGAGCGGAGAAAACUCCGCUCUGGGAGAGGGUGGAGACUCGGGCCCUAGCCGAGUUGCAGACGUGAGAUGGGGCACACUUGGGGGGCGGCGGCGCUGUCGCGGCUGCUUCCGGAGCGACGCGCCUGAGUCACCCUCCGGCCCCCACCCCCGCUCGCGUCCGCCAGUCCAGCCCGUCCGCCCCGUCUCUCCGGUUCGCCGCGCUCGGCUCCCCCCCUCCGCCCGAGCGGCGCGAGCCCCGCGGGGGCGGGGGGCGGGGCGCCAAGGGGGUGGGGCUCUCUCUUAAAGGGACCCCAGCCACUGCCCUGAGGCCACUUCCUGGGGGCGGAGAGGACUUCAGCGGCUGCGACGGCACCGGGAAGGCGGCGACGCCCGAGUCCCGAGACUCCUGGCUGCUUCCAGCAGAGUCCUCAGACACUCCCAGCUCGGUCUGAGCGUGCAUCGUCAUUCCCCAGCCGAUACAGAGGCACCUCCGCCGUCAGCUCCAAUCAGCCCCGCCUCCAUCUCUUGGGACCCGCGCCGGAGCCAGGCCAGGCCUCUGACUGGCCCCCGCCCCGGAGCCCUGCGUGGACUUGCCCCCGGCCACAGCGAUCUGCCCGGGAACUCGGAAGCUGGACCCUUCCAAGAGUCGGUCUUGUGCUCGCCACCGUCACCUGCUGGUUGGAUUCCGGAAGCCCACUGUCUGAAGACCACAGAAAGGAAUCGCUGACCACCCAGAAUCGGAUGCGUCUGGACCGAAAUUUCCCUUCCCUCCCUUUUGGCUUCCCUCUGCUCUUUUCAUCGGUUCUCAAAACCUUCCAGGAGUUUCUGUGCCCGGAAACCAUCCCCCACUACCAAGGUAGCUGGGGUGAGCCCCAAAUCUUGCUGCCUUGUACUACAACCUGUGCCUCCAACCCAGAGAAUCUGAACCUUACGACCCAAUUCUGCACGUACCCAGGAAGUUCUGCCUUUUCUUCUCUUUCCGUGUCUCCAGUACCUCCCAAAAUUUCCCCUCCUCCUGUGCCUUCUUCGCCCCCCUCCUUUGGGGGCCCCGUGACCCUGAAUGUGGGGGGCACGCUGUAUUCCACCACUUUGGAGACCCUGACUCGUUUCCCAGACUCCAUGCUGGGGGCCAUGUUUAGGGCGGGCACCCCCAUACCCCCCAACCUCAAUACCCAGGGAGGCGGCCACUACUUCAUCGACCGAGAUGGCAAGGCCUUCCGGCACAUCCUCAAUUUCCUGCGGCUGGGCCGCCUGGACCUGCCCCGUGGGUAUGGGGAGACAGCGCUUCUCAGGGCAGAGGCCGACUUCUACCAGAUCCGGCCCCUCCUGGAUGCCCUGCGGGAACUGGAGGCCUCUCGGGGGACCCCUGCACCCACAGCUGCCCUCCUCCACGCAGAUGUAGAUGCCAGCCCCCGCCAGGUGCACUUCUCUGCUCGCCGGGGUCCACACCACUAUGAGCUGAGCUCUGUCCAGGUGGACACCUUCCGAGCCAACAUCUUCUGCACUGACCCUGAAUGCUUGGGUGCCAUGCGAGCCCGAUUUGGUGUGGCCAGUGAGGACAGGGCAGAGGGAGGCCCACACUUUCAUCUGGAGUGGGCCCCCCGCCCCGCGGAACUCCCCGAAGCGGAGUACAGGAGACUGGGGCUGCAGCCACUGUGGACUGGGGGGCCAGGAGAACGACGAGAGGUGGUGGGCACGCCGGCCUUCCUGGAGGAGGUGCUACGAGUGGCUCUGGAGCAUGGCUUCCGUCUAGACUCCGUCUUCCCUGACCCUGAAGACCUGCUCAACUCCAGGUCUCUGCGCUUUGUCCGGCACUGAGAACUGAGAAUGCUGCCCUCAGUUUGACUUGGGGGGGAGGGGAUGGGCAGCGAGGGAUGAAGGCUCCCCUGAAGCCUCUUCCUAGUUCUGCUUUGGAAGCUGUGAGAGUCAGGGCUCCCACUGCACCUGACUGGAGCCCAGAUGUGGGCAGAAAUUCCCAAGCCCACGUCCACCAGAGGCUCACAAGUGGUCCAGAGAGCCUGGACUGUGGCUCUUCCUGGGAGGGCGGGAAGGCUUCUGUGAUUGUUGUGUCCGAGGCUGGGGACGGCCAGUGUUUUUUUGGUUGGAGCUCAUUAUUCAGGGGUCUGGGAAGGUAGCAGAACCCUGGAAGGACACUGAGGUCUGGGAGAAAGAGGGACUUUGGAUUGCUCUAAUGUGGCCUCCUGGACUGUGGCUUCCUCUCCUGGAGCUGGGUGGCCUGGUCUGGACUGACCAAUGAGAGGCCAGAACACUCUGGAAUGUGGGAAGAGAUUCUUUGCUGUGUCCCAAGCCACCUACCGAGGGAGACAGAAAGGCUACACCCCACCCUAGGUUGGCAUAAGGGAGCUAGGAGAAUCCCUGUUAACUAUGGGGCUGGAGCAUCCCUCUGGAGGGCCAGGUGUUUUAAAGGAUCCCAUAUUGAUGGUGGGGCUGGCCAUGGGAAAAAGGGUGGCACCUUCCUGGGCCCUGACCAUACUUCCUUCGUGUGUAUGUGUGUGUGUGUGUGUGUGUGUGUGUGUGUGUGAGUGUGUGUGAGCCAGUGUAUCUGAGUGAUGUGUGGAUCCCUGACAUCUGGGUUCCCAUCUGUGUUGCUGGAGACAGCAUCUAUGUGCUGGUCCUUCUGUGGUCUCUGCGUGUCCAGGCCUGUUUGGGGUUGCUCAGCAACUGUUUGGCACCGGGUGUGUCUGUGGUAUGGGUGUGAGUAGAUUGAGAAUUAGUAGUUUAAUCACAAGGGGCGUGUGUUUGUGCAUGAAUGUGCGUUCACAUCACCACGUAGGCAGGAGGUGCCUGUUGGGGUUUGAGUCAUUAGGAUCUUUCUGGUGAAAGGUAAAAGAAGUCACUGGCCUUAGCUGGGCAUUGGGAGGCCUGUAUAGAACUCUUGGUUGCUAAGGCAACCAUGGGCCUGUUGCUAGGAGAUAGCUGAGGAAGGCCCAAGGCUGCUUAGGGCAGAGAGGAGAUGAACGGAAGAGUUUGGGGAGUUUGGGGGAGGCUAUGGGAAGAGCUGGGAUUUCUGGGUCCCUGAGGGGAUGGGAUACUCACACGUAACUUCUUCACUGGGGGAGUCACUCAUGAUUUAUCACUGGUCGUGAUUUACAAGAAG